AUGGAGCACUCAACGCCCAUGUCCUGGCCGGAGCAACUCCAUGAAAAUCCUCUCAUUACGGCGGGGGAAGAUGAAUUCUCCAAUUUCCUCGAGUUCGACAUGCACUUCCCCGACCUGGAGGGGCACGGACCAGCACAUUCUCAAAUGCAAGACCAGCAACAUGUGAUGGGACACCCGCCGACCACCACUGCGCCCUCAACAAUGGCCCACGAUCCGCGAUCGAAUCCCUAUGCUGCCCCAAUGGAGGGUCUGGCAAUGGACUUUGGCCAGCAGGUCUCUGCGCCAUCGAGUAUGCCAUACUCAAAUCCUAGUAUGACUCCGGGAUUCUGCGCCCAAGAUUCUACCCACAUGUCGCAACAGCCGCAACACGGUCACCACUACAUGCAGGGUCAAACCAUGAUCCCGCCAACCCCGAACAGUAUGGAAUUACAUGGGAAUGCGGCCCGGUACUCGCAGCGCAUGGACGACAAUCCGGAGAUGUAUGAUCCUCGCUAUUCGCGCGUUGAAGACCAGGCAUUAUACACUCCUUUAAUUUCACCGGCGAUGACCCCAUUAGAGAGUCAAUUCCAAUUAGAUGGCUUUGCGGUUCCUGGAGAAUACAGCAUUACACCUCUCACCUCACCCGCUCUGGAAGCCCAGUCUCACCACACGAAUAAUGGCUUUUAUCAUUCAAGACAGGUCUCGGAUGCAGGAUUUGACCCCAAUAGCGCCGAGAUCAACCAUUUAUCAGGAAUAUCCGCCCCAGGGUCUCCCGGUAUCAUUCGCAAGACCAAUCGUCGACGCCCUUCAACUGCAGCCACUUCGCGUCUAUCAGGCCGAAACAAAGUCAAGCAAUCCCCUUCUAUUCGCGCACAGACUCAGCGCAGGUCAAAACAAACGCCCAAUUCGGAGGAGUUCUAUAAUAGUCUAUCCCAGGAAUUGAAUAAGCCACAGAAUCACGAUGUGCGAUCGCUCCAGGCGAGCAGCAAUGAAGGUUCUGGCCAAGAUUCAGUUUCACCGGAGCCAUUAUCAGAGCCCUUGAUGCUUCCCCCAGCACUUCCUUCGGCACGCAAGUCUCCUGCUAUUGCACCUCAACCGGCCCAGCUUCCGAGUGCGGCUGCCACCCCAGCGACACUGAUGCGCAUCCAACGGACACAGCAUGCACAAGACCCAUCAGGUCAAUUUAUGGGUCGAGCUCAACUGGAGUACCAUGAUGAGACAAUGGAGGAUAUUUCCUUGCCUGAAGCCGCUGCACCCUCGCAAUUACGCCCCAGGAUUAAUCGCAUCGAUACAAGCGUGCGCACCACUACAGCCAGUCCGGCCAUCUCUGCAAAUGCGACUCCUCUAUUGGAACCUCGCUCAUGUCCACCCAGCGGGUCUGUUGCGAUCAGUCCCCGCACGGCUGCCAUGCCAUCUCCUAGUGGGCCACUUCCCAAGAGGUCAGAUCCAUCUCGAUCUUCAAUUUCGAGCCGAAAGCGACAGAGCGUAUCCUCCACACAAGCAAGCCCACAGUUACGACCAAAAAUUAGCCCUAAUAUUCAACCACUGAUGCGCGGUAGUGAUAACUUCUCACAAGACGCACUUCUGGCAUCUAAAUCCAAUUACCAACACAUCCUCGAUGGCACUCUGCCCUCUGGAGUCUCAUACCCGGAAACAUUGGCAGAAAACCUGAGCUCCAAGCGUACCAAUCACAAAUUGGCCGAACAGGGCCGACGAAACCGCAUCAACAGCGCCCUAAAGGAAAUCGAAGCAUUGAUUCCCCAGGAGUUCGUCCAAGCUCGACUGGACAAGGAAGCUGCAAUCACAGGAAUUAAACCCGGGGACAAGGACAAGGACAAGACAGCCAACCAGGCAAUCAGUAAGGCCAGUGCGGUAGAAAUGGCUAUCGACUACAUCAAAGCCUUGAAACAGAACCUGGAUGACACUGCUACCAGAUUGGCUUUGACUGAGGCCAAGCUGGCAGGUUUCACCUUGGAUGAAGAGAAAACCACCCCGACUGCAACCUCCGAGCAGACUGCUUGCGAAGCCACCACUGGUUCCGAGACGGAAGAUAGAAGUUCGUAA